AUGGAGCAUGGAUAUUUUAAUUAUUAAAGAAGAAAUAUUAAGAUUUUUUAUUUAAUAACAUAUACAUUAUUCUAAAAUAUUAAUAAACCAAUAAUAAAAAUAUAUUCUCAUCAACAAUGACUGAAGAAUAUAUUGGUUUCCUAGUUAAGGCGGCUUCAGUAGUUGGUCAAAGAGAAAAAAACGAAAGUUAUGAAAAAUUGAGAAGUUAUUACUUAAUGCGAUGUAAAGAGAUGACUAGAGGUUAUGGAUUACCUAAAAAGCAUUUUUCUGAACAAAGUAGAUGUCCAUAUUGUUGUCUUGAAUGGAAUAACAAAUCCCCAACAAAGUUAAAAACUCUUAAAUUAAGUAAACGGCAAAGGAAAAGAAUUCGAUGUAAUGUUAAAAACAAGACAACAUAUAAAAGAGAAUGUUUGUUAUAUAGCAAUGAAAUGGAAAAGAUUUGUUCAUUUUGUAGCAAAAGUAUAAAAAUGCCUAUAUUGAAACCUAGUAAAACAAAAAAACAAAUAGUAGAAGAAAAUGAUGACAUUGUUGCGAAUCUAGUUAAGCCUAAAAUAAAAAAAGUUAAAUUAAAAAUUGACGAGAAGCUCCAGUCAAGUGUGUACUGUAAAUCCAAAAUUGCUUUUUCCUUAAAUAGACCGAAAAAUACCUUACCUAGUACUGUUAAAGAACAGCCAAAGAUAAUAAAAAAUAGUAAGAAAAAGAAGGACAAAUUUGCUGGUCUUUGUCAAACAGCUGUAAUUGCAGCUAUAAAAUUAAAACAACAAAAGGAGAAAGAAAAUAAACUUAAUCUCUUUCUUAAACCAUCGUUAUAA